UGUGCACGGAGGUCCACGAGAAAGCGAGAGUUAUUGGGGGAAAGGGGGCGGCCCCCACUGAAAAAAGAGUUUCCUUCCGGAGAGGUUGUUCAGGCGGAGUCUGUGUUUCAGCUCUCUCCACCGCGUUCCAGCGGCUGUCCCGGUGGGGGCUGCUGCUAUUGCUCUCUCCUGAGUGAGGCGCUCAGAAACCGCCGGCGGCCCUGAGGGAGCGGGAUGAGCGGCGAGCGGAGGCUGCCUUCCAGGCUACGGCGGCGGUCGCCGCUUCUUCUUCUUCUUCCUUCUGCCGCCCUUCUUUGGAGGAGGCUGAGCAGUGGGAGGAACGGGGAGGGACCAGCACCGCGGCGCUGACAAGGUGCUGCCAGCAAAGCCCGACGGUGCACGGGCCGGUUUCCCUCUUAGAGCUGCCCGCCGCCGGUGAGAGAGAAGUUUCACUGGGAGCAACAGCCCGAAGCCGCCGCUGCGGCGCAAAGCGGCCACGCCUUCGGGGUCUGGAAGUGUGACGAGCAAGAGGCGGAGGCGGCGGGACCCGCAGCUCGGUGGGCGUCUCCUUGCGGGAGGGACCCUGCUCGCUGGCCGCCCCAGCCCGUGCCCACCACCAUGGCAGCGCGGUCCCGGCGCCCCUGGCUCAGCGUGAUGUUGGGGUUGGUGCUGGGCUUCACCGUCGCCUCCUGGCUCAUCGCCCCUAAAGUGGCCGAGCUGAGUGAGAGGAAGAGGCGAGGCGGUGGCAGCAGCGGCGGCUCCUCCAGUGUCGGCGGCGGCGGCGGCAGCAACAACCUCUGCUCUUUCUACGGCCGCGCGGCUGAGCUGCCCGGGGGCCAAGGGCAGCUGCAACCUGAGGAGGCGGCGGCCGCUGGAGGGCUUGGGGGCGCCAGCCUUAGGAGCAGCCCGUGGGAGAGGGAGCAGCCGCCGCCGCCGCCCGCUGCGGAGGAAGAGCCCGUGCCUAGUCUCGCUGUUGCGGCUGCUGGAGAAGGAGCCCCGCAGGAAGAGGAGGAGGAAAAAGGCGCCGGCCGCCACGGCAGCGGCAGCAACCACAACGGCAGCGGGGACUAUGCAGGCGCCCGGGGCUGCGCCAAGACCCGCCACUUUCUCUACGUGGGGGUGAUGACCGCCCAGAAGUACCUGGGCAGCCGAGCGCUGGCUGUGCAGCGGACUUGGGCGCGCUCCAUCUCCGGCCGGGUGGAGUUCUUUUCCAGCCAGGGCUCGCUCCCUCCGCCUGCUCUGCCCGGGGAGCAGCCCCUACCAGUCGUCGCCUUGCCCGGAGUGGACGACUCGUACCCGCCGCAGAAGAAGUCUUUCAUGAUGCUCAAGUAUAUGCACGACCACUACCUGGACACGUACGAGUGGUUCAUGCGGGCGGACGACGACGUCUACAUUAAAGGAGAAAAAUUGGAGGAGUUCCUUAGAUCACUGAACAGCAGUAAACCUCUCUACUUGGGGCAGACAGGACUGGGAAAUAUUGAAGAACUUGGAAAACUGGGUCUUGAGCCAGGAGAGAACUUCUGCAUGGGCGGGCCUGGAAUGAUUUUCAGCCGUGAAGUUCUCAGGAGAAUGGUGCCACACAUAGGAGAAUGUCUUCGAGAAAUGUACACGACGCAUGAGGAUGUAGAAGUGGGCCGAUGUGUUCGGCGGUUUGGUGGAACUCAGUGCGUCUGGUCUUAUGAGAUGCAGCAGUUGUUUCAUGAAAAUUAUGAACACAACCGGAAGGGGUACAUACAGGAUCUUCAUAACAGCAAAAUUCACACAGCAAUUACGCUUCAUCCAAAUAAAAGGCCAGCCUAUCAGUAUAGGCUUCACAAUUACAUAUUGGCCCGUAAGAUUUCAGAAUUGCGUUACCACACCAUCCAGCUCCACAGGGAAAGUUGCCUCAUGAGCAAACUCAGUAAUGGUGAAAUUAGCAAAGAUGAUCAGCUUCUGGGAAUGAUGCCAUCUUUCAACCGCUUCCAGCCACAUGAUAGGAAUGAAGUCAUUGAAUGGGAGUUUCUGACUGGAAAGCUCCUUUAUUCGAUGGCUGAGAACCAACCACCCAGACAGAGCAUUAAUAGCAUCUUGCGAGCAGCAUUGGAUGACACUGUAAUGCAGGUAAUGGAAAUGAUCAAUGAGAAUUCCAAAUCUAGAGGAAGGCUUAUUGACUUCAAUGAAAUACAGUAUGGGUACCGCAGGGUUGACCCUCUGCAUGGCGUGGAAUACAUUCUGGAUUUGCUCCUUUUAUAUAAAAGGCACAAAGGAAGAAAAGUUACUGUUCCAGUUCGACGACAUGCCUAUCUUCAACAAUUAUUUAGUAAACCCUUUUUCAAAGAGGAAGAAGAACUGGAUGUAAGAAAUAUUUUACAAAAUGUUAACACUGACAUACAGUCUUUCUCUUUCCUUUCUAAUUCCUUGAAGAUUUUUUCAUCAUUCCAAAGCAUCAAAGAUAUAGGGACUAGUAGUGACAAGAAGAUUCACAUUCUUGUCCCUCUCACCGGGAGAUAUGAUAUUUUCCUAAGAUUUAUGGAGAACUUUGAGAAGACUUGCCUUAUCACCAAGCAGAAUGUAAAGCUGGCAGUAAUUCUUUUCAGCUCUGAUUCUGGUCAGGAUUCCAGUAAACACAUAGAGCUGAUUAAUGACUAUCAUAAUAAGUAUCCUAUGGCAGACAUGACCAUUAUCCCAAUGACAGGAGUUUUUUCUAGAGGUUUAGGACUUGAAAUGGCCUCCUCUCAAUUUGAUAAUGACACUUUGCUGCUAUUCUGUGAUGUUGAUCUGAUAUUUACCCCAGAUUUUCUUCAGCGGUGUAGAGCUAACACCAUUCAAGGACAGCAGGUUUAUUACCCUAUUAUUUUCAGUCAGUAUGAUCCCAAGGUAACAUAUGGGGGCAGCCCUCCAGUGGACAGUCACUUUGUUUUUACAAAGAAAACUGGAUUUUGGAGAGACUAUGGGUUUGGAAUCACUUGUAUUUACAAAAGUGACCUUGUGAAUGCUGGUGGAUUUGAUACCUCAAUUCAAGGUUGGGGACUUGAGGAUGUAGACCUCUUUACUAAAGUAAUAACUUCUGGACUGAAAGCAUUUAGAAGCCAAGAGGUGGGAGUUGUACAUGUUUUUCAUCCAGUUCUUUGUGAUCCCAAUCUAGAUCCUAAACAAUACAAGAUGUGUUUGGGGUCCAAAGCAAGUACAUUUGCCUCUGCCAUACAACUAGCUGAAAUAUGGCUAGAAAAACAUUUAGGUGUCAGGUAUAAUCGAACUCUCUCCUGACAUUUUAACUUACUCUGCCUUCCUAGGGGAGAAUACCUCACUACUUUGUUUUGCUGUCACAUUCUCAAACUCCUCUUUGUCUUCCAAAGGAUGUGUGUUUGACCUCAAAAUAACAGAGUCUGCUGUCAGGAAAUACAAAUUCCUACUGAACUCAUUAGGUGUGGGGACUUUCUAUUCUCUUUUAUCUAUAAACUGAGUGAAACCAUGGCAAUCAAGCAAUCUCACGGAACACAUCCAUCAUGAGGAUUGCAUCAGAAGAAUCUUCUCUUUGAGCUUUAGGAUGCAAUAUCAAUCUUCAUUGUGUCUGUCAAACUUAAUGUGAUACAACUUUUUUUCUGGUGAAGGUACCACAAAAGUGCUUUAUGCUUCCUCUGGGAAAGAGAGUCUGGCAAACUUGAGUUUUAUAAUUUAUAGGAGAACUGAGACAGUAUUAUUCUUCAUCUUUAUAAUUAUUAAAGUAAAUGAAUUACUGUCUGUAUCUCUAUUUUUAUUUUUUUUUUAAGAAAUGAGAAACACACAAACUGAGGGUUUUCUUUCCAAAUGCAACUGGUACUGGUUACCAAGAACCUUAAAAGUUCUAUUAAACUAACUUCCUCAUUACUGUCUAUUCUACAUGCAAUUGGACUGUGUGUUUUCAAGGAAACAGAAUAUUUGCAUAAGUUGAGGAGGUUUCUGAACCAAUAUCCUUCAUUUGCUGGCCAGAAGAAAUCAUGACACCAUAUGGUUAUUUAUAAUAAAAGUACAGACCUACCAUGUUCUCCCCUCCACAAAGAAAAGAAUGUGUUGCUUUGUCUCUGUUUAGACUGAGCCUCUAAUAUAUAAAUAAUUUUCUAUUUUGUUCCUUUCAUAUGACUGCACUUGAUACAAAGGAAUAUAAAGGGUACUUAAUAUUGUCUUUUUAUAAUUGUGCAUUAAUAUUGGUGCUCUGAAACCAAUAAUUGUUAAAAGAAAAUGUAAUUAUUUAAGUAUGAAUCUACUAUUGCUGGUCAAAGUUCUUGCCAAUAUAUUUAUAUUAGUGAAGAUUUAUAGGAAUAUGUUAAGACUUUUCUUUCCCUGAAAAGGCUGAAAAUUUAAAUAUGUUGGUGGAAUAUUGAAAGUGAAGUCAACAUUAGAAGCCAAAAUGGUUUUUCAGAUUUUCUUUCUUUUUUUCUUUUCUUUUUAGAAAAGAAGGCAUAGUAAUGUCAAAUCUUAAGCAUGUUACAAUACAGGCAGUGAUUUAUUGGUCAAGUUAUUUUUAAGUGCAUUUGUUACAUACAGCUAGAAUAUUGUAUAAUGAAACUAUGCUAAGAAUUCAGAGGGCCUAUUCAAGAAAUAUAUAUCAAGAUAGCUAAUAUAAUGCAAUGAAUAUGGCAGGUAAAUCUGAGCAAAUAAUAUAUGUGAGUGUUUUUAAGGAAAGAAAGUCUUAAAGUAUGUUCAAAUGUAUCAUAUGUAUCUAUUUGGAUAUAGCAUUUGGAAUUUGUUUCCGUAAGUUUCCAAUUGAUUGUACAUCACCAAAUGUCACAGUAGGACUGACAUAGGAUUUACAGGGGGGAAAUCCCUUUAGGCAUUAAAACUACUCAAAACUAAAAAUGAUCGCAGUAAACACAUCCAUGGCAGUAAUGUAUUAUAAUUUAGAUUCCAUGACACUAGUACAAACUAGAGAGCCAUCUUGCAAGGGAAGCAAUAUCAGUGGUGAAGAGCAGGGAGAUGGGUAGAUUUGAAAACUAAAAGCAGAAGAUUUACCCCUGAACACUGCCACCUAGGUUUCCAAAGCUUUCCUACCAUACUUCGAGCUCAUUCUCUUUCUUCAGUGUUCACUACCUCCCCAUCAGGAUCUAUUUGAUUCUCCCUCCUCUCCUUCAUCACUCAGAAGUUUCCCCACUAUUUGCACCACAGCUGCACAAUUACCCUUGGCAGCCAUUCAUGAAUAUAUAAAUCUCAUGCAAAAAUAGUACUAGUUCAAAACCAAGCACACCAAACCCUUCUCACAUCAAUAGUGGGUGGCACCAAGCACUAGCAGCUCCUUUCCUCUAACUCUUGUAGGUGGCAUUGCAAGAUACCAUCAUCAGUUGCAUCAUUGCUUCCUGCACUGCCUGUCCACUUUGAGGGAACUAGCUUGGUGCUGUCAUGAAGGAAAUAGCAGCUCUAGUUUCCCCUUGACCCUCAAUUAACCUAGGCUGUUGAACCUUCUGGCAGAUGAUACUUUUAAAAAUUCUUGCAUGCAUAAUAAGGAUUUAGCUCUAUGAAAAUUGAUGCAAAAUAUGUAUGUGGCGUGCCAAAAAAAAAAAUCAGAUUGAUGUGCUCUUGAAAGAAAUUACAUAAUACAAACUUCCACUUGGUCAUAUGAAGUAAGACUAUGAAGUGAGACUAGGCAAUUCUCAUCAUUCUUAAAGGGACUUAAAGAAGCUGAGAGGUAGAACAACCCCUGAGCCUCGAGAGUUUCCCCCUUUCUUUGAAACGUUUUGUUCCUCAGCUUUUGAGACAAAUAUUUUCAGAAACCAUCUUUCAAAAUGGCAUACACAACUGUUUGUGGAAACCAAAAUCUUUGCUGUCCAGAAACUAUUCUUGUAUUAAGUUAUGCUUUAAUUUAUCCAGUCAAGCACAGCUGAUCUAAUCAACUCCGCAUAUUCUCUGCAACAUGAAGCUCAUUUUUUUAAUGCUAUUUAACUGUGCACAGUAUUUGGGGAAACCAUACUCUCAUUGGCAAUGAACAACAGCAUAAAGUUCAGGAAGUCUAUUUCUUGUAAAACAUUUAAAAAAAAAGUGCUUGCUAGUUGCUUGUGAUCUAAAUUAACAUUGUUUGCUCAGACUAAAUUGCAGCAUAGAACAUGAAGUGAACACGACUGCAGAGAGAGUUUUGUGUAUAGAGGACUUGCCGGAUCAGGUCCUGUGUGUGAAAAGUUCAAAAAGUUAGUUCUUACUAUUUACAGAUAUUUAUUUAGUGUAUGACCAAUUCAUUCGUUUAUAUGAUGGAUUACUUUGUUACAAACUGGAUUAUAAAUGUUUGUUAUAAAAUA